ACUUGCACAUUCAUGAUUCACCUCACUUUCUCCCAAUAAUUUUCCUUCCUUUCUCCACUGCCCCUCAAAAAAAUAUCAAAUAGUAUUCUAUUUACUAUUAUCUAAUAAGAAUAAAAAACAUGACCUCUGUUCCUUCAACAACUUUUCUUCUUCUCCUUGUUACAUUCUUGAAUUUUCUCUACAUUUUAUCAGCCAAAAAUGCACCUUUUUCUAUGUCAUUUCCACUUACAUCAACAACAUUGUCACAUAAUUCUUCAUCUAAGGCUCUUUUUCUUUCUUCCCUUAUCGCCACUUCUCAUCAAACUACAAAUGCAAAAGCUAUGCCUAGAGUUCCAUCUUUGAGUUAUAAGUCAACUUUUAAAUAUUCAAUGGCUCUUAUUAUUACACUUCCUAUAGGGACACCACCACAAAAUCAACAAAUGGUAUUGGACACUGGUAGCCAACUUUCUUGGAUUCAGUGCCACAAGAAAAUUCCCAAAAUACCCCCUCCAACAACAUCGUUCGAUCCUUCUUUGUCCUCUUCUUUUUCCGUCCUUCCUUGUAGUCAUCCUUUGUGUAAGCCAAGAAUUCCUGAUUUUACCCUUCCAACAUCAUGCGACCAAAAUAGGUUGUGUCAUUAUUCGUACUUCUAUGCUGAUGGUACUUUGGCUGAGGGUAAUCUCGUCCGUGAAAAAAUUACAUUUUCACGUUCCCAAACUACCCCUCCUUUGAUUCUUGGUUGCGCCACGGAGUCCGGUGAUGCUGAGGGUAUUUUGGGAAUGAAUCUUGGAAGGUUCUCUUUUGCCUCCCAAGCCAAGGUACAAAAAUUCUCGUAUUGCGUGCCGAUUCGACAAGGUAAUCAUACGGUGAAACCAAUUGGAACGUUUUACCUAGGUCAAAAUCCUAAUUCUCGUACCUUUCGAUAUGUGAACUUGUUGACUUUCCCUCAAAGUCAACGCAUGCCCAAUUUGGACCCCCUAGCAUACACUAUUGGUAUGGUAGGGAUAAAAAUUAAUGGGAAAAAAUUGAACAUCUCUGAGAGAGUUUUCCGACCUAAUGCUGGUGGUUCAGGCCAGACGAUCGUUGAUUCUGGCACGGAAUACACUUUCUUGGUGGAAGAAGCGUAUAAUAAGUUGCGAGAAGAAAUUAUUAGGUUAGCUGGUCGAAAAUUGAAGAAAGGUUACAUUUAUGGUGAUGCACUUGACAUGUGUUUUGAUAGCCAAUAUAGGAUGGAAAUUGAACGAUUGAUAGGUGACAUGACAUUGCAAUUCGAAAAUGGGGUUGAGAUUUUGAUCAAUAAGGAAAGGAUGUUGGAUGAAGUGGAGGGUGGAAUCCAUUGUGUGGGGAUCGGACGGUCAGAAACACUUGGCAUUGCUAGUAAUAUUAUUGGCAAUUUCCAUCAACAAAAUCUAUGGGUAGAAUUUGAUUUGAGAAAUCGCAGAGUAGGUUUUGGGAAAGGAGAGUGUAGUACACAAGUAUAAUGGGCAUUAAAUAUAUAUUAUGGUACAUAUUUCAUGAGAAUGUUAUAAGGGUGCAACUCGAGCAUAGAGGAGAUCGAAGGUCUAUAUGCCUCGACCUCAUGAUUUUCUAAAUAUUGCGUGCUCAUUCGAUAUUGGAUGAUACUAUGGAGUUGGCCGGGGCUUUAAGUCUUACUUGCACAUUCGAGGCUACAAAGGUUCAGAUCAAUGGUACUAUAAUUCAAGUAGUGGUACUUUAAUCAAAGGUGUCGAGCUUGAAGAGGACUUGGAUCUUGUGCAGUGUAAAAUAGUAAUCUAGUAAUAGAUGAUGAGGAGAGCAUAUAAUGUAACAUAUGUAUAUGUACUUAAUUGAAUUUGCAAUUCUUUUAUUACA